CAUAACCUCGUUUUCAGAAAUUCUAUAUAAUUAUUUAUUAUUUUCUGUUGUGAAACAAUUUAAUAUUCGAGUCAUUUGGUUAGUUUUUUAACUAACGAUUUUUAUAUUUUUUUGUGAAACUGAUAACUUAUUAAUCCAUUAUGUCUGGUUCGGCAAGUGCCUUAACAGUGGCUGGUUCCAGAACUUCUGGAACUCCCAUCCGAACACAAAAUGUGAUGGCAGCAAAUGCUAUUGCAAAUAUAGUUAAAAGUUCAUUAGGACCUGUUGGUUUGGAUAAAAUGUUGGUUGAUGAUAUUGGAGUAAGUAAAAUGUUAAAAUAAUAUCUUCAGACAUGAUGAAUUUUUUUUUUUAUUUUCUGUUCUUUAUGUAUAUUAUAUAGGAUGUUACUGUGACUAAUGAUGGAGCCACUAUUCUCAAGUUAUUGGAUGUUGAACAUCCAGCUGCCCGUGUUCUUGUAGAAUUGGCUCAAUUACAAGAUGAAGAAGUGGGCGAUGGUACAACAUCAGUUGUAAGUAUCUAUGCUUACUAUUUACAACAUGAUAGUUAACGAUACAUCAUAAAUUACUAUAAUAUAUAUUUACUGUUUUCAAUAAGCUCUUCUUCUCCUUCUCCUUCAACCCAACAAUUUAGAGUCAAACACUUUUAUUAUAAAUUUCCAGUUAAUCUGAUCUCCCAUCUUGCAUACACUACCUGUGAUGUCAUUCUCAAUCAUAUCUAACAACCUCUUAUUAUUUAUUGUUUAGGUUAUUAUUGCUGCAGAAUUAUUGAAGAAUGCAGAUGAAUUAGUUAAACAAAAAAUCCAUCCAACAUCUAUCAUUAGUGGAUAUCGUUUAGCGUGUAAAGAGUCUUGUAAAUACAUACAGAACAAUUUAACUGUGAAUGUUGAUGAUUUACGGCGUAAUUGGUUGGAAAAUGCUGCUACUACAUCUAUGUCUAGCAAGUUGAUAAUGGCUGACUCUGAAUUUUUUUCGAAAUUGGUGGUAGAUGCUUGUAUGCUUAUUAAAAAGCCAUCUGAUAAACGCGGAGGAGUGUCUGUACCAAUUAAAACCAUAAAUGUACUUAAAGCUCAUGGUAAAAGUGCUAAGGAAAGUUUACUCAUUCAAGGAUAUGCUCUGAAUUGUACUGUAGCUUCUGAGGCUAUGCCAAAAAAAAUUACAAAUGCUAAAAUUGCCUGUUUAGAUUUUUCUCUUCAGAAGACUAAAAUGAAAUUGGGAGUACAAGUUUUAGUUAAUGAUGUUGACCAACUAGAAGCUAUUCGACAACGUGAAUCAGAUAUAACUAAAGAAAGAGUACAGAAAAUUUUAGCAACUGGAGCUAAUGUUAUAUUAUGUACUGGUGGUAUUGAUGAUAUUUGCUUAAAAUAUUUUAUUGAAGCAAAGGCUUUAGCCGUGCGUCGUGUUAAGAAAGUUGAUUUAAAAAGAAUUGCCAAGGCUACUGGUGCUUCUUUUUUGACUUCUUUAACAAAUAUGGAAGGUGAGGAAACUUUUGAAAGUUCCAGUCUUGGUGAAGCUACUGAAGUUGUACAGGAUCAAAUAUCUGAUGAUGAAUUAAUAAUCGUUAAGGGACCAAAAUCUCAAAAUGCAGCGUCAAUUAUACUUCGUGGACCAAAUGAUUUCUAUUGUGAUGAAAUGGAGCGUUCUAUUCAUGAUGCUUUAUGUGCUGUUCAACGUGUACUUGAAUCUAAAUCGGCCGUAGCAGGUGGUGGAGCAGUUGAAGCAGCUUUGUCUAUUUACUUAGAAAAUUUUGCCACUUCAUUAAGUUCUCGUGAACAACUGGCUAUUGCUGAAUUUGCACGGUCUUUGUUGGUUAUACCUAAAACAUUGGCAAUAAAUGCUGCUCAAGAUGCUACAGAGUUGGUAGCUAAACUAAGAGCAUACCACAAUGAUAGUCAAACUAGUAGUGAAAAUGAUGUUUACAAAUGGUAUGGAUUAGAUUUGGAGGAUGGUGAAAUAAGAGAUAAUUUAAAAGCUGGAGUUUUGGAACCAGCUAUAUCUAAAAUUAAGUCCUUAAAAUUUGCAACAGAAGCUGCUAUAACUAUUCUUAGAAUAGAUGAUAUGAUCAAGUUAGAUCCUGAACAAAAGCCUGGCAGUGGUUAUCAGCAAGCAUACGAUGCUGGUGAGCUAUAAUUAAAAAAUGUUAUUCACAAUACAUUAACAUUAGGUUACUAAUAUUUUUUAAUACUUUUCAUAUACUAUGUGCAAAAAGAGUAUGCAUUUUUUGCAUUUAUUUUAAUUUGUUAUUAUUUAAAUUGAUUUCAUGUCUUGUAUGCUUACAUAAUAACAUUUACUUCACUUACAGGUAUAUUUAUUAAUAAAAG